CAUAAAACUAUUUAUAGUACUUUAUUUUAUACCUACUUAUAUUUUAAAAUGACUAAUCCCAAUAGUCACAUGUGGUUAAGUAAUCCAUCUCCUGCUACACCAUUGCUGCCUUUGAUACCACCUUACAAUGCAGCUUUUGGAAUACCAUUUCCACCACCAAAUAUGCCAGUACCCAAAAGUCAAAUCUCGCAAAUGGCUUAUCAGAAUAUGAUGCCGUUACCUCCUAAUCUUGAUAAUUAUUUUCAAAAUGCAUUUAAUCAACCUGGUGACAGCAACUCAAUUAUUGAUACAAGUACAUUUCCACCUUUUCCGGAUAAUAUUAAUGAAGAGUAUGUUCUUAAAAACAUAUGUCCUGUUCAAGAAAAACCUAAAGAUGAAAUUUCAUUGUGGAUUAAAAAAUGGUCAAUUGAUAAAUUCAACAAAGAACCUGCCCAUAAUGAUGUUAAAUCAAUGUAUGACAUUAAGGUUAAAGACAUAAGCAACAAAAUAAAGAAAUGUAAAGAGCUGUAUGACAAAAUGAAAUGUUUCCAACAAAUAUUGGAUCACAAUAUUUUAACUAUGACUGAAAAUGAAUGGCAGCAAAAAUGUUUUACUUGGAAAUCAUAUAAAGAUCAUUUGGAUACAAUACUCAAUACUUUAAAAUUGGAUGAACAUGCUAUAUCAAUAAUACAGUUCAAACUAUCCAAACGAAAGAGGAAGAGAAAUAGGUUGAAAAAGUUUAAAGAAAACAUAAAAACUAUUAAAUUGCAACAACAAGAUAAAGCUGAAGAAGUUAAUAAAAAGAUUGAAGUUUGGCAAAAUGCCUUACACGAUGAUAUUUUAAAAAAGAAAAGGGCAAUUGAGAUGAAAACUGAAGCUAAUAUUGUGUUCAAAGGCGUUAAAGGAAAAAUAGAUGAUGCAAAAAAUCAUUUGUCAUUGUUUGAUAUGUUAGAAAAAUUAAGAAAAUCUAGACUCCAAAAUUGUGCAGAUCAAAGAAAGAAUAUUAUACUGGAAGAAUCUCUCAAUAAAUUGAAGAAUGUGUGGCAUCAAAAACUGUCAGAGUACCAUAAAGAAGAGCUACAGUUAAAAGAUAUGCUUACUAAAUCUGAGGCAGAGAAAAAUGUUAAAUGGGAAAUAGAAGGCCAAGAUAAAUUAAAAGAAUGGGACCAAAUGUUUUUUGGGUCAAAUAUGGGAUCUCAUGAAGUUAUAUUCAAUAAUUUACAAACAUUCCUAAAUAUUCGGAGAGGCUGGGAUAAAUAUGUUACUGAUGAUUCAAAAACACAAAACAACGAUGGUAGCUGUAUACCAGUAGGUUGGAUUGUGCCAUCAGCACCUUGCAACUCUGAGUGGGCUAAAUAUGUAGAUGGUACAAACCUUUAAAAAAUAAUAUUAGAUAAAACCAAUUAUAAUAAUUAUAUUUCUCUGAUUUUCACAAAUUAAAAUUGUUUUUACUACAA